UUACAAACAGAGCCUCUAAAGUUUUAUUCAAGUUUACUCCGUAACUUGGAGGAGUUUGUAGAAGAGAAAUUGAUCGGAGGAGAGAGAAGAAAAGGCGAUGACAACGGCGACAUUGGGCGGAGCGAUGAAUAUCGUGAACAGAGGCGGAGGAGGAGCGCAGAGGACGGUGUUGAUUACCGGGGUAAGCAGAGGUCUGGGUAGAGCUCUAGCCCUAGAAAUGGCAAAGCGUGGCCACACCGUUAUCGGGUGUUCUCGCUCUCAGGAUAAACUCGACUCCCUCCACUCCGAGCUGUCCUCCUCUGCUUUUCCUGCUGCCCAACCUGAUUCCAACCCUUCCUCUCCUGACCGCCACCUGUUCAUGAACGUCGAUGUGAGGUCAAACAGCAGUGUGGAAGAGUUGGCACGUGCUGUGGUGGAAAAGAAGGGUGUUCCCGAUAUCAUAGUGAACAAUGCAGGCACUAUUAAUAGAAAUAACAGACUUUGGGAGGUUCCAGUAGAAGAAUUUGAUACAGUGAUUGAUAUCAAUGUAAAGGGGAUUGCAAACAUGUUGCGCCACUUCAUUCCUCUGAUGAUCGAAAGAAAGCAAGGAAUUAUUGUCAAUAUGUCAUCUGGGUGGGGAAGAUCUGCUGCUGCACAGGUUGCACCUUAUUGUGCUUCUAAAUGGGCGGUAGAGGGCCUAACUAGGUCAGUAGCAAAGGAGUUACCCAGUGGAAUGGCGAUUGUUGCUCUUAAUCCAGGUGUGAUAAACACUGAUAUGCUUACAUCAUGCUUUGGCAGUUCAUCUUCAUUAUACCAGACACCUGAGUCUUGGGCUCCAAAAGCCACCACAAUGAUUCUUAACCUUACCAUAGCAGACAAUGGUGCAUCUCUCUCCGUGUAAGGAAAGCAUCCGAGCAACAUACAACAAUAUUUUAUGGAGAUUCAACAGAGUUUCGAGCAAGCUUUUCGCAUACCGGCUUGGGUCCUUGCUCCUUUGUCAUUUUAGAAGUUUUUGCCCAUAGUAUCUUCGAGUUUCUAGAAAACAUUGCUAUAGCUGCUUAAAUGUUAGUAACUGGCAGUGAACCCAUGGCAUGCACGGGCGACCAGUUAACUUCUAUAACAUAAUGGUGUAGUAUGUAAAACCCUAGUGCAGACCCUAUGCAUGGUAAACCAAACAAAUUUGUUUUACUCAUCUCCAUUCCUUUCUUGGUA